CAUUAUGCAGUGCCUCCAGCAGAGGAGUGUGUUUCCCCUCGAGGGCCCACAGGCUGUUGUCACCAAUCUCAGGAAUCGCAUAUCGUUCGGUCCCAUGCUGAAAGAAGUGAAGAACCCCCCCACCCCGGAGGAGCUAGACACAUCAAAGCUGGACCUGGUUCUUGUCAUUGUCAGCUUGGUGGUUGGCUCAUCUGUUGUCACAGUGUCGCUGCUCCUGGUGUGGCUGGCUUACUGUCACGGGGCGUUCAGGCUGCUCCAAUCAGCAGCUUCACCACUAGGAGGAGACCUGAUCCUACCGUGACCAAGGAGGAACCACUGCCAAUUACACUGAUCACAUCCUCACCAGAAUAGCUGACAACUAUUCCAUUAGUCAACAGACAGUGGAGCAGUCAAUCAUAUUAUCAAUAGAGCUAAGGCGGCCGGUCGUAUCAGCCGGUAUAGGCCAGACUAGAUGAUGAGGAGCAAUCCAAUUCACACCUCCACUCAUAGGUGACACAGCUGUUGCAUUCAAAUUUCACACUUAACAAUGAGCAGUCUAUUAUCAUUGACGGAAAAUAAACAC